ACUUUAUCGCGCUGUACGAUGGUGAUGAUGAAGGUGGUUCCAUUGGGAGCCGGUGUCCAGUUCAUCGGAUCCUAUGCCCUUCGGACGGGGUCAAACGUCCAGGAUUUGGAAUGGAAGUUGGUGUACGUGAGCAGUGCCUACAAUGCAUCUCUGGAUCAGACACUGGAUUCCAUUCUUGUGGGACCAGUUCCCGUUGGUAGACAUCAAUUCCUCUUUGAACUUAUUCAUUUUCUAAUAACGUCGUCACCAAAAGGUAAACUUGUUUUUGAUUUUUUCAUCGUCAUGGCUAAUCCAAAAGUUUUGCUUCACGGAUCUAAUAAUGAGUUUUUUUACAGGCAGUUUGGUAAAAAUAAGAUGUCUAAAAUAUUUCCCCUAGUUGAAUUGAAAAGAUCGCAGAGCCUGGAGUCAUCGGUAAGUUACUACGUACUACGUAUGCUCACUAAAGUCAAGUCAAGAGUGCACUUUGUGGAUGAAAUAGAAUGUAUAAGACAAGCAACCGCAUCUAAAGUAGAACGACGCCUACAAUAA